GAGCUUCGCUGACAUUCCCAACAAGCAUUGCAGAGCAGAGAACUGUGUGUGAUAUAGAACAACAGGAGUGUGUGUGUGUGUGUGUGUGUGUGUGUGUGUGUGGGUUUUUGCCAGUAUAUCACACUGUCUCUCUCACACAUAAUCUGAGCUGUGGGCUUCGGUGCAGCUGCAGGACGGACAGCUGCCUUCAGCGUCAGUGUCGAUCUGGAAAAGAAGAAAAAGUGGAGAAAGCUAAUCUCAGUGGCCGGUGUGAUCUGCUUGAUUUCUCGGGAGAGGAAGAUUUGAAGACAAAUAGUAGAAGACAACAAACAACAAACAUGUCCAACGCUCUGGUGAGGAGAAACUCCAGCAAAGAAGGUUUACAAAACCUCAUGAGACUGAUGGCCCAGAGGAGCAUUGAAGAUGCUGAAGAGGUGGAGAGGGAGCGUCGUCGAAGAGCUCGAGAGGCUUUACACAGGAUGAACAGUAGCUCAACACCUGAAGAGUCAUCUCCAGAGGGCGAAACGCCAGCAGAGGAGAGCAUGUAUGAUGGUGGUUGGAAGCAGAACAGCUCUCCCUCUCUGGAGGAGGAUGAAGGCUUCAGUGACUGGACUCAACGCAGAGAGAAGAGGAGGCAGCAACGUCUGCAGGAGCUCAGCCAGGGAGGAGAGGAAGACGAGGACGAAGAGGAGGACACAGGAAACAAAGCUGUACUCACAAAGAAUGCCCAGGCCUCAGUCGCAUCGUCAAGCCGGCGCCAGAGACAGGAACAGGAGGAGAGAGAAAGGGCAGAGAUGGAGAGGAGGAAGGAGCGUAAGGAGGAGGUGAUCCGAGCUGAGAGUGUGAGGAUGGAGAAAGAAAGGCAGAAGGAGCAAAGGAAGAGGGAUGAACUGAUUCCAAGGAGGUGGGAGGAGAUUCAAAAGCCAAAUACAGAGAUCAAGAAAGGAAAAGAAGUUAAAGUCUCCUACACAUCAAAGGUUUUCCUUCACCAAGAGCCAAAACACAGCAAUGGCAAUGCAGCCACUGAGGAGGUGACAGCACACAUGACAAAGACAUCAACCAGCAGAGCUGUGGAGCCUCAGGAGACGGAGGUCAUCCUGGAGACAGAGCAGCGUCUUGGUAAGAUCCGCCAGAGCCUCCAGGAGAAGGAGAGUCAGGAGCUGGAGCAGCUGAGACAUCGACAGGCCGAAGCUGAGCAGGAGCUGGAGGAGCUGAAGAGGAGGAGAGAGGAAAGACGCCGAGUCCGAGAGGAAGAGGAGCGUCGCAGGGAGGAGGAGGAGCAGCAACAGCUGACCAAAGAGGAGGAGGGGAGGAGACGGAUGAAGGAAGAUAUCGAGAGGAGAAGGAUGGAGGCAGCAGAGAGGAUGAAGAGCCUGAGUACGUCCAGUGUGGAUGGAGAUGAGAUGUUCAGUCCCUUUAGUCCCAAAGUUCCCACGCACAAGAUUACGGAGAGAACAGAGUCCCUGAACCGCUCACUGAAGAAAAGUAACAGCUUCAAGAAGACGCAGCCUCUCAUCCUGCUGUCCAAGAUUGAUGAUAAGCUGGAGCAGUACACUCAUGCUGUGGAGAACUCUCAGGAGGCCCGGACAGUGAAGGCAUCGCUGACCGACCUGCCCAACUCACCAGAGGUCGUAGCCUCCAAGAAGAACCUGUUUGAGGUUGGAGAGGCCUGGAGCCAGAGUCCCAGCAAGGCAGCCGCCUGCAAGGACACUGAGGGUCUGAAGGUGGGCGUGGCAAACCUGAUCACUCAGUGGGUCAGAGUCCCUUCAGACGGCAGCAGCAGACAGUCACCCUGCAGACCCGCUGAUGUGAAGCCUGGAGAUGUGAUGCAGAAGAAAAACAUGUGGGAGAUCAUUGGUGACUCUUCAGGGAGACCUGGGCAAAAAGUGAAGGGCUCGGCAGGGGGUAAAAAGUACAAAUUUGUCGUCACUGGGCACGGCAAAUAUGAGAAGAUUUCCUUGGAGGACAAGGAUCAAGCAGGGUUCACUAGCAGAAUGUCUGAUUUAGGUCAUGGUGAUUACUGAGAAGCUGUUUCCUCAGAUAGGCUCCUUCUUGAUCUCACAUCAACAUUUACUGGCGAUAAAGACAACGAGCAGGAGCAGAUCCUCAACUGUUCCAGUCUCAGUACUUCACUUAUGUGCCAUAAAUCAUAUGUUUCCACUCUCUUAGCUGAACACAUGCAACCAACAGCUAAAAUCCAAAGGAUUCAAUCAAUAAAUGGUUUGUAUUUGUCCAACUCACUCUUUGGUUUUUGCAUUUUCUGGUGUUCUGUUUCUAGUAUGCUAUACUGCGUGUGUGUGUGUGUGUGUGUGAACGGUAUAUAUAUAUAUAUAUAUAUAUAUAUAUAUAUAUAUAUAUAUAUAUAUAUAUAUAUAUAUAUAUGUGUGUGUGUAUGUAUGUGUGUAUAUGUGUAUGUGUGACUGUGAGCUUUACUGUUUAUUUUCUUCAUCAUUGCAGUUAUUAGGUAAAUCAUUCUUAAUAUUUUGUUGACCCUUGUAAUAUGGUGUUUGGGGACACCUGUCAGAUAAAAGUUUUUGUAAUACAAAAUGUUUACAUUUUCCAAUCAUUUAGAAUUAAUGAAUCACACUCUUAUACUGACUAUUCUGUACGUACACAUGGGCAAAAUAACAAUCUGAAAAAUCUGGGCUUGGGAGGGACAUACAUACAAAAACUGUAAAUGCAUUUCAUCCCAGUGACAAUGAUGAUGGUAGGAUGGGACAUGAAAAAGUCAUAAUUUGGCUCACUCUGUGCCACUAUGUACAUGAAAUGGACUUUGAUUUGCAACCUAUUACAAAAACAAUCUUUACGAUGCAUAAACCUGAUCAUUUAGACUGUAUUUCUUGUGUAUACUUUCAUUAACCCACUGGUGUCUCUGUACUACUGCAAACAUUGUUCAGUUUAAAUAUCAAUUUAUUGAGAUAUCUGCCUGUAUGUGCUUGUAACCCCUUUUUCUUGAAUAAAUUAAAAUCAUUUUCUACUA